GCCUUGCCCAGCCGUUUCCUGCCCGGGACGCGGCGGAGCGGAGCCGAGCGGAGCGGAGCCGAGCGGAGCCGAGCGGAGCCAUGACUCACCAGACCGGCAUCCACGCCACCACAGAAUUAAGGGACUUUUUUGCCAAAGCCCGGAACGGUUCAGUUCGGCUCAUCAAGGUCAUCAUCGAGGAUGAACAGCUUGUGCUGGGAGCCCACAAAGAGCUGUCCCGGCGCUGGGACGCUGACUACGAUCCCUUCGUGCUGCCCCUGCUGGACGAGCAGCAGCCGUGCUAUGUGCUGUACCGCCUGGACAGCCAGAACGCCCAGGGAUACGAGUGGCUCUUCAUCUCCUGGUCCCCCGACAGCUCCCCGGUCCGGCUGAAGAUGCUCUACGCUGCCACCAGAGCCACGGUGAAGAAGGAGUUUGGAGGGGGGCACAUAAAGGAUGAGAUGUUUGGCACAGUGAAGGAGGACGUGUCCCUGAGUGGUUACCAAAAGCACGUGUCCUCCAGCUCUGCCCCAGCCCCACUGACCGCAGCCGAGCAGGAGCUCCAGCAGAUCCGCAUCAACGAGAGUCAUGUGGCCCAGGACUGGCCUUCCCUGGCCUCCAGCAGGGACGUGGUACAGCUUCAUCCUCCCGGCAUGUCCGUGUGUCCCCCACCCCUUCUUGUUUCACACGAGACACCCCCCCAUCUGCGCAGGGUGCUGUUGACAGUGUGUCUCCUCUCCCCACGCUCGCAGGAUUCCUGUUCCCAAGACUCGAGCACCGAGAUGAUGGUGGGGGGCUGUUGCUGCUGCCCAUCGCUGGUAGAGUACCCCGACCCCGAGGAGGUGAAGACGGAGAUCAGUGUGGAGAGCAAGCACCAGACACUGCAGGGCCUGGCCUUCCCCCUGCAGCUGGAUGCCCAGCAAGCCAUCCAGGCACUCAAGCAGAAGAAAAUCAACUACAUCCAGCUGAAGCUGGAUCUGGAGCGGGAGACCAUCGACCUGGUGCACACAAGCCCCACAGAGAUCGCUGACCUGCCCAAGAGGAUCCCCCAGGACUCAGCUCGCUACCAUUUCUUCCUGUACAAGCACUCACAUGAGGGAGACUAUCUGGAGUCUGUCGUCUUUAUCUACUCCAUGCCUGGGUACAAGUGCAGCAUCAAGGAGCGCAUGCUCUACUCCAGCUGCAAGAGCCGGUUGCUGGACACUGUGGAGCAGGAAUUUUGCCUGGAGAUAGCCAAGAAGAUCGAGAUCGACGACGGAGCGGAGCUGACGGCGGAGUUCCUGUACGAGGAGGUGCACCCCAAGCAGCACGCCUUCAAGCAGGCCUUCGCCAAGCCCAAGGGGCCCGUGGGCAAGCGGGGACAGAAGCGGCUGAUCAAGGGGCCGGGCGAGAACGGCGAGGACAGUUAGAUCCCGCAGGGCCGGGCGGUGAACGGACAGCAUCCCCGCGGCGCUGCCCACCUUCCUCUGCGCUGACCUGGGGAGCUUUCCCUCCAUCUCAGCCUUUUUUUUUUUUUUUCCCCCUCCCUUUUUUUUUUUUCCUAUUUCAUUCCUUUUUUAAACAUCAGGAUGGCUUGUUGCACCUGGGGGCAGAGCGAUGGGGAGGGUUCAGGGCUGUCGGUGUUUCCUUUCCCUGCGUCCUUGUGUGAGCCCCGGGGCUGCUGGGGGAGGACGGGAGCAGCAGGGCCACGUCCCCAGCCUUGCCUCUGUCCCCCCUGGGGUCACAACCGCCGCUCUCCCUGGGGACUUCAGUCCCUGGGGGACUGAAGGGCACGCUCACCUGAAAGCUGCUCUAUGCAAAGGGAAGGGGGUGGCGUUGGGGAUUCCUGUUUGAAGAGAGAAAAGGCUUAUUUCCCUGCUCCCCCAGACUUUGUUCCCCUGUCCUGCUCUUGGUGUGUACAGCCCCCCUGCCCCAGGCCUGGAGUGAUCCUGCACCCCCUCGGGGUGUGGGCAGGACCCCUUCCUGUAGGGUGGGCUUUGCUUCCGGCGGGGUGGGAGUUUCUCCCUGCAGAGAGCCAGGCAGCGGGAGGUGGAAGUUCCCCACUGAGUCCCAAGCUCAGCCUGGACCUGUAGAAAGGUCACUCUGCCUUUGGGUGAUGUUUGCAUCCCCUUUUUGAACUGCCCCAGUAAGGCUUUUCCCCUCAGAAGGAUCUGUUACAGCCCUGACUCAGCCCCAUCUCUGUUUAGGAUGGGAGCUGAGGGGCUCCUGAGCCCUGUUCCCCCUGUUCCCCAGCCCCCACUGUUACCCCCUGGGUUUUCAGCUGGCUCUCUGGGCUGGGGCAGCCCCAUGUCUUAAUAAUCACAUGGGCUACCCCAAAUCCUUAUGUGGGGAAGCAUGACAGCCCCUGUGUGCCCCCUGCAGAUGUCCCCAGCCACCAAGGGCUCCACGGGCCGAGCUUGGCACUGUGAUUUGGGCUGUGCUGGGGGUCUGGGGGAGAGCACCUUGCUGCUGGGUUCCAGUGAGGGCUUGAGAGCCGCCUUCCUCCCUGGGAGGAUGGAAAGGGGGUCGGUGAAACCUGCCCUCUGCUUUCCAGCUGUGGGGUGAACGUGCCGAUGUUGCCUUGACCUCGGCGGAGUCAGGGGGUUGAAGCUGGGGGGAGCAGAGCACACUGUACUGAACGCUGUAUUUUCUAAAGAAUAAAGUAUUUUUAAAACAGUC